AUGCCCAGCGUUGUCAGUAAGCGGCAGCAGCAACGCAAUGAGAAAGCCUUGCAGGACCUCAUCCGCUCAGUGCCGGGCAAUGAUCGAUGUGCAGACUGUGGAGCCUUCAACCCAGGAUGGGCCAGCUGGAAUAUGGGAAUUUUCUUAUGUAUGCGGUGCGCAGCUCUGCAUCGUAAGCUGGGCACACACAUCUCCAAGGUCAAGUCCUUGACCAUGGACACUUGGACGGCCGAUCAAGUUGACAACAUGAAAUCCCACGGGAACAACCUCAUGAACAAGAUCUUCAAUCCCAAGAACGUCAAACCUCCGGUCCCCAAGGAUAUCGACGAGGCCGAUUCGAGCAUGGAGCGGUACAUCCGGCAGAAAUACCAGUAUCGUUCCCUGGAGGAUGGAAAACCGAAACCUCCAAGUCGUCAUGACUCCGGUUAUGACAGGUCACCGGAAGGCUCACCUCCUCCACUGCCUCCAAAGUCUGGCCGGUUUUCGGGCCCUGGGUUGCGGUCCGCUUCUUCCACCUCGAACCUCCAGCGGUCGUCCAACAGACCCUUUGCGACCUCACCUCGAUCCGAAAGACACGAUUCCCCUCCACCCCGAAGCGUCUCCAACUCUGGCUCUCAAGGGUUUGGGCUUUCCGUCCGUGAUACAAAUGACGCAUCAUUUGAGUCGAAACUGGUCCAGCUGAGAGACAUGGGGUUCACCAACGAGCGUCGGAACGCAGCGGCCCUGAAAGGUCUUGACGGUAACUUGAAGAUGACCAUCGAGACUUUACAGAGACUGGGAGAAGGACCUGCAUCGCUGGGACGGCCUUUGGCAUCUGGUAACUCCACAAACAAUCAUACUGGAGGGGACGGUUCCGUCAAUCCUUUCGACCAGCUUGACUUCAAAGCGUCUUCCCAGACGAGCAGCGCGUACAAUCCGUUUGAUAUGCCAACUUCACAAGGACAACAGCAACUCGCACCUGCGCCCGCGCCCGUGCAGUCUCUUGAGGCGUCAUUCCAGCAUUUACAGGUUUCGCAGCCGUUAUUCCCGCAUCAAACCGGAGGAUAUCCUGGUCGUCAAGCUUCGCUUCCUCAGCCCCUCUACCAGCACCCUCUUACCCCUCCUGUUACCUCGACCCAAUCACAAGGCACAUACGUCUCAUCCCCACAAGCGUUCGACGGAAGCCAAAACCCAUUUUUCCAGUCCGGAGCCCAGCCGCAAGCGCCCUUCACUAGCACACCACUCACCCAGAGCCCUGGCGUUGCUCAGACAAACCCCUUCUUCAGCCAGUUCGGAGCGGCGGCGACCUCAAUGCAGUCACAAGCCCAAUUAGGUCCUGGAGGGGCACUGCCUAAUCCGCCCCAGCAUGCGAACACCAUGCCAGCAUUGUCCUCCACGUCGCCCUUUAGUCAGGUUUCUUACCAGCAGCAACAACAGCUGCAGCAACAACAGUUCAUCCAGAGUCAACCACAUUUGCAGGCACAGCCGUUGCAGCAGGGGUUUGCCUCCCAGAAUCCAUUCCAGUCGAUGGCAGCCCCAAAUACACCACAGAAUGCGGUCUAUCAACCCCAGUACCAGUCACAACCACAGAAUGGGCUGCAGCAGCCCGCUCCGUACCUUGCCGCUCAGCCCACCGGCCGCGUGGACAAGGGCAGCAUCCUCUCUCUGUACAAUACGUCCUCUGCACCAGCAUCCGGGAUGCCGCACCCCUCUCAAAUGCAAGCCCCGACAGGAAUGUCGCUGAACCAAGCGCACCAAACCCAGCCAAUGCCGAGUAUCAACGAGCAUCAGACCAACGGCCCGCAGGCCUCCGCUGCUCCCCAGUUAGCCGGGUCACGAAAUCCUUUCAUGGGUGGGCAACCAGCAGCACUCGGGGCGCAAGGCACCGCCGGUGGUGGAUUCGACCUGACACCAAAAGCCCCCCAGCUGAAUGGCAAUUUCCCAAGGACCCACAUGAGCCAGCAGAGUGUAGAUAUCAAUGGCUUUCAGAGCGGACGGCACAGCCCCGACGCCUUUGCCAAUCUGAGCGCCCGUUACCGGUAA